AUGCCUGUUGAGAAGCGCGUAUUCGUUGGUAACCUUCGAAAGAACACUAGCGAAUGUAUUGAACAGCUAUACGACAGAUUUGCUCAAUUUGGGCGCUGUAUUGAGCCUCAUUUUGAAUGUCAUCCUACUUUUGCAUAUUUGACGAUGGAGUUCGACGACGAACAGCAGUAUCAAAAGCUGAAGCGGAGCUUCAACAAUGUCAUGUACAUGGGUAAUAUGCUGCGGGUAGAUGUGGCGAAGAAACCCUGGCAGCAGCGGUGGGAGGAGGAUCGUAACGAUCUCCUGACGGAGCAGCGCAAGCAACAAGAGCUACUGAAGCGGCAAUGGGAGCAUCAUAAGAAGCUGGAGAAUAUACGAAGGUCGUGGGUGGACCGGAAGGAGCUGCUUGCAGGGCGGGAGCGGAAGACGCCGCGGAAGAAGCUCCACCUAAAGAGUAUCACGUUCCGCGUGAACGUCAAUGGCAACCUGAAGAUAUAUAAGUGUUACAAGAAUAAGCUGUGGGGUUACGAGCGGAACAAGGCUUUGCGUGACUUGGUUAAUCGCUUUACGAAUGGCUACUGGCGCGACGGAAGCGGCCAUGUUGUGGACAGGCUCGACUACUCGCGCACCAGAAAGCCGCUCCGUUUCGAGAAUCAGAAAGGUGACAGCGUAACAGUAGAGACAGGUGCAGAUGAGGUACCCGACGAAGAGCAAGAAGGGUUCCAGGAGGAGCAGACGAAGAACCUCAAUGUUCUGGAAAACAUAUUGGGGUCCUUCGACUUUGACAAGCCCAUUGGCCUUGAAGAAGACAACGAAUAUGCUGGUGCAAACUACGAAAUAGAGGCGCUGUACAGCGAUACGCAAGGUGGAGCAUUGCAUGCGCCCGAUGCAUUGGAUUCCAAAGACGACCCUUCAGUGGAACGGGAUGCGGAGGUAGAAAGUGAGGAAGAGUUCAUUCCUAAAUUCGUGCAAGAAGAACAACCUGCUGCCACACAGGGAACUAUUAGCAAUACUGAAACUCUAAGAGGCCUUUUCGAGGGCCAAAGCCAGGAGGAGUCUGCUUUCAAGCUGAUCGAAGUAUCUGAUGACGACAUUAACUAUGACGUCGAUGUUGCAGUUGCAGACGCGGUGGAAGCUCCGGCAGCCGCCGAGCAGGUGCAGGUACUACCGACUGAGUUACCGAAGGGUAGACAACUGGGCCUUUUCUUUCCACACUUUGAGUCUCCAUUUUUAGUCGCGCAAACUCAGCUGAACAAAAUAAGAACGCCAGCAGAAGCGUCUAACCGGUUCGCCGGCUGGGAGGAUAUGUUCUGGGAAAACAGAGCUGUGUGGACCCGUGAACAAAAACUGCGACACAGGGAGGCCUUGCGCCAAUCCAGGAAGCGAAAUCAAAAGUUAUCACGUAAGAAUUUGAUAUAG